AUGACAGGUCAUGGUGGUUCUCGAGCUGCUGAGUUUUUGAAGGAACAUCUCUUUAAGAAUCUCUUGAAACAUCCAGAAUUUACUACGAACAUAAAAUUGGCUAUAACAAAUCCACUCUCGGACGAUAUCAAACCAAAUAGAAUUGAUGAGCGGAAAAGAAUUGAAUGUGCUGGAGGUGUUGUUAUGUGGGCGGGCACUUGGAGGGUGGGUGGUGUCUUGGCCAUGUCCCGUGCUUUUGGCAAUCGCUUGUUGAAGAAAUUUGUUGUGGCAGAACCAGAGAUUCAGGAUCAGGAAGUUGACCAGGAUCUUGAAUUGCUUGUGCUUGCAAGUGAUGGACUUUGGGACGUUGACGCCAUCUCACUCGCGCAAACAGAAGAUCCUGAAGCAGCAGCUAGAAAGUUGGUAGAAACUGCUUUCACUCGUGGUGGUGCUGACAAUAUUACAUGCAUUGUUGUGAAGUUCCACCACAAUAAAAAAGAACCUGACGGAGCCCAUCAAAAUUGCAGAGACCUUGUAGAAACCCAGCAAAACUGCAAAGCAGGCCUUAACGAAACCAAGCAAAACUGCAAAGCAGGACCUGAAGAAACCGAGCGAAACUGCGAAGUAGCGCCUGACGAAACCCAACAAAGAUGA